AUGAAAUCGGCGUAUGAUGUGAGAAGCCCGGCCGCAUGUCCAACAUUCGACUGGAUGGGCAAGGAAAUGUUGAUUGCGCUGACCUAUCUCCUUACAGUCAUACAAAGCAUACAAACAUGUCAGAUUGAUAGGACGCACAAAUAUCAUGCAGUAGCGAUGCGUCACAUCGGCGAGAUGAGGCGUUUGAUGGCGAAGUCAAACUGGCCAUUGGUGAGACGUGGUGCGUUGGACUUGUUGAAUGUUUUUGAGAUUAUUCUCUACGAAAAUAUAGCCGCUGCGCAACUCAUUCUUGCAAGGCCUCUCGACACCAUAAACGUUUUGGGUGCAAUGAUGGAGAAAAUGCGACAAAGCAUUGAUUUAUUCAAUCAGGCGCACAAAUAUCAUGCAGUAGCGAUGCGUCACAUCGGCGAGAUGAGGCGUUUGAUGGCGAAGUCAAACUGGCCAUUGGUGAGACGUGGUGCGUUGGACUUGUUGAAUGUUUUUGAGAUUAUUCUCUACGAAAAUAUAGCCGCUGCGCAACUCAUUCUUGCAAGGCCUCUCGACACCAUAAACGUUGUAAGUCUACAGCUCUCACAGCUUUCAUGCCAUAUUUACACGCAGCAAUAA